UAAAGGAAGAUUCAAAAUGGUCCUCGUGCCCAAGGUUUUCAAACGACGGUCUAUUGGACUGAGAGCGUAUGGUAUUUCCGCAGAUUUAUCCAAGUACGUGGAACCAGGCCUGUGGGUUCGAAUCCCGCUUAAGGUACAUGCAAUCUCACAAGAUAAAAAUUCUGAGGGAAGUCUGCCGAAUGAAACAGAAAGCAAAGAAGAUGCAGAAAAAAGAGACAGAAAAGAGAAGAAAAUGGCUAGAAAGUGGUCGGAGGUGAGAAAGAAGUAUCGUGUUGAUAGUCUGGGAAAGGAAGAUGAAUCAUCAAAGGAGAAAGACCUAAUGGAUCUACUUGCGUCAAUGGUCCCAGCCGAGGUGCUUCGGCUUCAACUGGACGCCCGAGUCGAUGCCGAGAACGGCCUGAAGGAAAUAUCUACUGUAGCUGGUCAUAUUGUGGUGUCGUGUGAUCAGUUCCAGGAUAAUGCCGAAGCAAUAUUUCGAACGGCGGGCCUCAGACCGCGUCUUUUGGUUCCUCUCAACCUGAUCACUUUUUCACUUAUGGCAGACUAUUGUUUUAAUGAUUGA